GACUCACCGAUCAUGCAUAAACGGGUAUUCCCCAUGCAUGAAGGUGGUAUUUCCGAACUGCAUGAGCAAAGGUUAAGCAGCAGACAGAGCUAGCUAGCUAACAUUCGCAGCUCAUUUGAACUUGGUACAUGUUGAAUAGAAUAUGCUUUUUACAAGGACAACCUCGCCUUAGAAAUGUUGAGGGAUUGAGCGACGCAAUGUAAACACAAAAGCCAAUAACAGUAGAAUGUGAGAAAGAAACCACAGCAUAUGUGUGGUUUAUGUGUGCGGCUUUACCAUCAUGAGAACAUUAACAUUCGUACACAGCAAACACUACGAUAAUGACUUCUACAUGGGCUGAGCAAUGGGCGGUGAUACACCAUAGCAUGUUGUGAUUUGUGGAUCAAAUAUAUGCGAUGCUUUUGCUGAUCCGGGUUUCAGAUGAUACAAGCGAAGGGAGGACUGAAGCGGGUUUUUAACUUGAGGACAAGUUAUGCCGAAACAGAAAUCAAGAGGUAGUGUCAGAGACCAAGAAAAGACCAAGAAGCAAUAUGAAAGACUUCCACCAAAGACGGUUUCACAAAAACAACCUCUCGUCCCUUUUCCAACGACAUCAUCAUCGGGCGAAAAACAGUCCUCUAAACGAAAAUGGGGACGAAAGCCAGACGAAAGCGCCAAAAAUAAACUGAAAAGCCCCAACACCGAGAGAGUGGUGGAUUACCAAUCGAAGGAGGUCCGACUCGAAGAGCUUCAGAAGGACGUUGAUGAGGUGAUCGACCUAGUGCGCACCAAUGUCGAUGGAAUCUUGGAGAGGGAUGCGAAAGUCGAAGACUUGGAGAUCGCGGCCGACCGGCUUCACGGUGCGGCUUUGGAGUUCAAGAAAACUGGAAAAGUUGUAAUGGUGAGAUACUGGUGGAGAAACUACCGCUGCUUCGUAAUUUUCGGCGUUCUUAUAUUAAUUGCCAUACUUAUCGGUCUCGCCGUCUUGAUCCCCAAGAUGAUUCGAUCCCAUGACCCUACGGCUGCAGCUGAUCCUCCAAUGGCAAAUGUGACCUCUGAACCAUUUGUUAAUGUGUCAGUCAGUUCUACCCCGGAUGCCGGCCUGCCGUCGUCAGAGACGUGGGAGAAGAGUAGGACGAGGUUCCCGCCUGGUCGAAGGGAUAAAGGAUAAUCUGAUGAUUACCUUCACUCUUCGAAAGAUUUAUCAGCAAACAUUCUAUUAUAUAGACUCUAACCAAGUUAUUGGUUGAUUUUAACAAUUUUUUUAUCGGUCGGACAAGUUGUAUUAACAUAUUAGUAAUUUUGACCACUCCUUUUUAAGAGUUUCCUGAGAGAUUCGAUGGCGUUCGAACGAAUUGUGAUAUUCUUCUGCUUCCAAGAAUACACUUCUUUACGAAGUCGCAACGAUGGUUUGAUCCAUGGCACGAGCUUUCUCAAAAUGGAGUAUCCUUUCGUGAUUUGUUUCUAAAUUUGUUCUUCAGUCCAAACGACUUCCAUAGUGCGUUCUUCCAUUUUUAUUUGCUAUGCAACAGUCACGUCAAGAAACCGAAUCCAAAACCCGGGAUAAGUUGUAUUAACAUAUUAGUAAAUUGACCACUCCUUUUUAAGAGUUUCCUAAGAGAUUCGAUGGCGUUCGAAAGAAUUGUGAUAUUCUUCUGCUUCCGAGAAUACACUUCUUUCCACGAAGUCACAACGAUGGUUUGAUCCAUGGCACGAGCUUUCUCAAAAUGGAGUAUCCUUUCGUGAUUUGUUUCUAAAUUUGUUCUUCAGUCCAAACGACUUAGUGCGUUCUUCCAUUUGUAUUUGCUACGCAACAGUCACGUCAAUGAAACCGAAUCCAAAACCCGGGAUUAAAAAAAAAUGUCUCAAAAUUCAAAAUGCUUAGUGAAAUAUAUUAAACUUAAGUGUCGUGUGGAACAUUAAAACAGAGUUUAGUUAACGCAUGGAUGCUCAGCUAUUUUUUUUUGGUAACCACACGAUCGCCAUAUUUGGUAUUCCAUGAACACCGACAAACCAAACUUUAAACAAUUAUAAAAAUGGAUUUUCGUGAAAUGUUUCACUUUCGUCAAAGAGAUUUCAUUUGAAGAUGAUAAUGUAUACCAUUUAGCAGUAUGAAAGGGGUAUUUAAGUUAUUGAGGAAUGAAAAUCGAUGGAUACAAAACCAAGUAGCUCUCUAAUGAAGUUUUUUGCUGAUGUCUAGAAUUUGAAAAUGUUUUAUUCUAAUUGGUAUUCACUCCACAGCAUAUAUCAUAGCUAUUCACACUGUUUGUGCUUGGAGUUUCUGAAGAGUAAAUAUUUUGUCCAAGAUCGUUAAUUGUUAUUGCCGUAUCAUGUAAAUAAUUCAACGCGCGUACUAUCUACUAUUACGUAAUAUUACUACAGUACUUGAACUAUCUACUAUUGUCAUGUCGUCUAAUUAUUAAGGGGCUGUGCCAUUGAAACUGUUCGUAUAUAAUCUUUUGACAUUUGCCUUGUGCAGAUCCUUAGACCAGUAUUCUGAAGUCGUGUUUAACUUAGACGGUGGUAUUACUCUAAAAUUAUGGAAAGCCAAAAAUGUCAGAAUUUUGUUUACAUCGUAUAUCUUUCUUAUGUUCACUGUUUUUUUUUUCUAAUUCAUGAAUAGAGAAGACACCAUCUUAUUUACCCUUCGCAGGCAGUUAAGAAUGAUUUGAGAGCCAAAUGAGCUGAUACAUUGAGCCUUUAACAUUAAAGAUAUAUGCCACAAUUGGCUAUCCAUUGUUAAACUACAACUUUAAACCAGAGUUUGAUUUAAUCCUGACUUCAGAAUCCGGGCCUAAGUGUUUCGGUAUACACAAUACAGUACAUACUUUUACAGGGUAGUCUUAGAAAAAAAAUCUGUGUGCAGAUUUCAAAGUACUAUAUAUGUUAUAUCUAUCAUUCUUAUAGUAGUUUUUUUUUUCAAAACGGAAUUUAUUUUUGCUUCUACGAUGUACGACGGAUUCAAGAACAUAGAAAAUUAUGACCUUCCUGACAAUGAACGACCAAGGAGUCUUUGUCGAAAAUUGGUGAAUCAAAACAGCAGUUUCGUCCUGUACUCGGGACAAACGAAAUUUUUACAAUUUUUCGUCAGCUCCGGAAGGACGGAAGUAAUGUGUCGGAUUACCAAUUUUUUACAAAGACCUCCCAGCUGUCAUUUGUAAUUUGACGGGCAUUUUAAAUACAUUUACUCUGUUCUUGAAUCCGUCCCUGUUGCAGUUGCACACUCCCUAACAUAUUUUGAUUAGGUGUUCUUAAACCUCCUAUAACCUCCCCAACGAAUUAUUUCUGCGACCCGCCCCCCACCCCCCCCCCCCAAAAAAAAACCUCUAGAUCAAACAGCGCAGUUGGUGUAAUCAAUCAUCCCUUCAUCCCGUGACCCGACUUCUUACGCCGCGGUCAUGCCAAGGAAACCGCCCUCAAACCGAUCGAUAGUAUGUUAUUCGGAAUAACGCAAUAGAUUUGAUCGGUCUUGAUUCGAUCAAUGUAGGUGUGACUGUGCCGUAACGUUUUGAAGGAGGAUGGAAGGAAGAAAGUCAAAAUAUGCUUGUUAACUUUGUCAAGGAUUCCCAAAAGUCUAGUCUGCUAUUAUGUCUACAAUGGAACAUUACGUUACCAGCACAGGGAUACCAUGCAUUUAUGUAGCAGUAUCUAGAGGAAAUAACGGCUAUUUUUUUUCAUUUUUUUAAAAACAAUUUUACAGCAUUACUAUCGUAUGUCGUAUUGAACACGUUCAAGAAAUAUACAUUUUGAUUUUUCUGGUGUUUGAACUAAUAUUCUAUUCAGAAUUAUAGUACAGAAGGCACAGGUAAACAUAAAAAGAUUGUAUAAAAUACAGUAAAUAUGUGAUCAGGAAAGUACAGUGAACUGGCGAAAUAUAGUGAAAAAUAUAGUGAUUAGUGAAUACAGUGAUAAAUAUAUAUAGUAAACAGUAUGAGUGGAAUGCAAAAGGCUGGAACAUGCAUUUUAUUUUAAAACCUGUGCGGGCUAUUGCCUUGCAAAUUAUGUCCGUAUAUAAAUUAUUUUAAAAUAGGUAAUAAUUUGAUUGAUUUUUAAUUCUUAUCAGCAGAUGAUCUAAUGAAUUCAUUAUUUGAGGUGCUCAGUUGUAUUAUCAUCAUUAUUUGUUAUUGUUGUCUUUUUUUCUAAUGCAUGAAAUUUAUUUGAUAAUCUGUUAUACACACUAUAUAUUCUCUAUAUAUUUACACUUGACUGGCUAAAUUGAUAUUAACAGUAAUGAAUAUCAGAAGUAAAAAUAAUGUACAGUAACACGUAAGUGUAUGAUGGAAAUAGGCUAUCCUAAUAUUUGAUGUGAUUUAAUAUCCGGGGGGGGGGCACUUCCAUUGAUGAGUGGAUACCAAGUGACCAAAGAAACACGUAAAAUUAUCUCUUUUUCAAGAUAGGGCAUGCACGUUACGUUCACCAAAAACAAUAAGGGCGUAAAAACACUAAAAUAAGGGGUAUAUAUUUCGCUAGGAAAGCUAUGUGGUUGCGGUCCAAAUUGGCGAGGGUAUAAAAGACUAAAAAUACUUAUUAAGGCUGUACUUUUUGGACCAACAGGGUCCUGUGGGACAUGGGGCGGUCCCGGGAAACUUACUCAUUAGUCGUUCAUUUGCUUCUCUGAUGUAAUUGUAACUCAAAUGUGCAUAUAUACACAUACUAGAAAAGGGAUUGAUGCUUAUGCUGGGGCUUUUUAACUAUUGCUGUGCUUGUUUAGCGGCCGGUCAAAGUAAUUAGGAAAUACUUGUCAAGGGUACCGUUUUGUUUCCAAUACUUGUGAAGGGUAGGGUGUCACACACGGCAAUACUUGUUAAGGGGUACAUUUUCAAAACAUGGAAAAUACUUGUUUGGCCUGAUUUCGAAACCCCAUGGUGACGCGUGGUAUCCACUCGUCAAUGGAAGUGCCCCCCCCCCCCACCCCGGGGUUGAAUAUGAGCUUGGAUUUCUUCUGCAUUACUUUUUUUAGGAAGCUUCAACUUAGACGAGGUUAAUGAUUUAGGAGCUGAAAUUUUGCCAAAAAGGACUGAUUAGUUUCAAAAAUUUAUGAAAAUUGUUCAUGGAUACCCGACUGGCAGGACAGGGAGUAUUAAAGUCAUUGGCCUAUUAACUCUUUGCAUGCUGAAUUAAUCGGGGGAUAAUGAUGACAAUUGCUUCCAUGUUAUUUUCUUUAAUUUAAGAUUUCCAUAGUGCACCAUUGAUACUUAUGAUUAUUAUAUAGAUGUUAUCCAAGAACUAUUGUCAUUUUUAAGCUUCUCUAAUAUAUAUGUAGCGGAGAAAUUUAAUUAUUACAAUUUUUCAUGGUUAAAUUCAAUUGUACGAAUGUGCAAAAUUGCAACAUCAGCGCGCAAAGGGUUAAGGAAACCGGUAUUUUUUAAAUUCUUUUGUUAUGAUUGUAAUUGUGAUUAUCAUCAUCAUCAUCAUGAUCAUCACCCUCCUCCUCAUCACCCUCAUUUUCCUUCUCCUCAUCGUCACCACCACUUUAAUUUGAUUUGUGACGUCAUAUGCGAGCUUCCUCAUAUAUCGUGUGGUAAAGUUAAAAAAAAAAGUAACUUUCUCAAGAUUUUUUUUUAAUUGAACCUUCAGUAUACCAACAGACCAAAUUAAAUGCCCCCCCCCCCCCUCCUGAAAUAAUUUAAAGGUAAAUUCCAGUUCUGGUAACGAUCUCAAAAUGACUUUUUACAGAAUCUAAUAUAAUGACCACCCAAGUGUCUGGUUGUAUGAAUAAAAAAUAUGUGCCAAAGGAUUCUGGAAGAAAUUGUGUAAUUGCUGAGAAAUAAGCAAAAUAAGCGCGGAUUCGGUCACCUCCGUCGGGUCUUUAUUCCAGCAAUAAUAAUACACUGUCCCACGUGUGCCUAUCUGUGUUGGCGAUCUUCAGUGUGAUCGUAUUUCAGCUUAGAUUUUAUGAUUUCGCAAAGUUCAGUUUAUGUAACUGUACCAGAUCUAGAUCCACGAUGAUAUAUUAACCUUGGUUUUACAGAUUUUCUCACUAAAUAAGUUUUUACUGCAACUACUGUAAUUUAGCUUUAAUCAUCAUGAACCGUAAAACAAUUUUUAUGGGGUAGCUGCUCGUAUAUGAUGUCACAAAUCAGAAAUUUAGAAUUCUAAUAACUUUCUUAACCUUUUGUUAACUUUCCUCAAGUUUUCCUUCAGGGUGAACUUAAUUCCCCUUUAAAACAUGUUUCCUUCCGUCGUUGUCAUAUGGCCGUUGUGUCAGCUAUUAUCAUCAAGGAAAAUCUUUACUGUUAUCAACCAAAGUAGCUUAUGAGUAAAAGACAUCACUCCUU